UCUGAGUCCCCAAGGGCCCUUUCUUAACUCUGCAACUUCCUCCAGGAGAGUGUCACGGAGAGUCACCCGUGCUGUGCUGUGCCAGCAGGCACUGCCCACAGCAUCCAGAGGGCUCAGCAGAGCAGGAUCCCGUACCCUGCUCCUCCCAUCAGAGAGCACCAAAAUGGGCCAGAGCUUCUGGGAGCAGCUCGGUCUGGGCCUCACCCUCCUACUCCUGAAUUUAGAGUCUGCUGUGACUGGAGAUGCCCCUCACAACUGCUAUGGCGCUCCAGGCCUGCCUGGCAUGCCAGGUGUGCCGGGCAAGGAUGGCCGGGAUGGUCUGAAAGGAGCCAAAGGCGAGCCAGGCAUCCCGGCCACUCCUGCAACACAAGGGCCCAAGGGCAUGAAAGGGGAACCAGGCAUCCCUGGCUUGGCAGGCAAGACUGGACCCAUUGGCCCCCCUGGUCCCCCUGGAAACACUGGGAUAAUGGGCAUGGCUGGAGAGCCAGGUACACCAGGCAGCUACAAGCAGAAGCACCAGUCAGCAUUUUCAGUGACGAGACAGACCAACGAGCAUCCUCCGAAAAACGUCCCUGUGGUGUUCAACCACGUCAUCACCAACACCAAUCACGAUUACAACACUACCACGGGCAAGUUCACUUGCAGGAUCCCUGGCCUCUAUUACUUUGUCUUCCACAACUCACUGACAGCCAACCUCUGUGCCAUCCUGUACAAGGAUGACACCAAAAUGGCCAGUUUCUGUGACCACAAGAUCAACACUGUGCAGGUGAGCUCUGGUGGGGUGCUCUUCCACCUGGGUACUGGGAACGAGGUGUGGCUGGAGGUGAAUGACUACAACGGCAUGGUGGGCAUCAGCAACUCUGACAGCAUCUUCUCGGGGUUCCUGCUCUUCCCGGACUAGAGGACCUCCAGAGCCCACCGUAGCACGCCAUCCUCUUCACCCUGCCCUGAAAACACUGCUGCUCACCGCCAGGCUCUUGCUGAUGCCUCAGGUUUCUCUGCUGGGUGGGAAGCCCCAAUGAGGGGGUCAACCCCAGCUGCCAGACACAACCCACUGGCCUGGGAACCAAGAGCAGGCAGCCACUGAAGAGAGGGGACAGGCACAUCUGGAUGCAUCUUCACCCAGAGUGACAAGUCCCCAGCAUCCUGCUGGCACUGCCACAUGCAUUCACCCUACUAACCCCACAUUACCUUCUGCUGCUGGAGCCAGACAUCUCUCUGCAUCUCUCCCCUUCCCACCUGUGUCACACAAGGGACAGCCAAGUGUCCUGGAACAGGCUUGCCAAAGCACCUUUGCCAUAAUCUGCCUGUGGAAAGUGUCAAUAAAACUAUCC